AUGGAAGUCACAAGCACUGGCUUAGUUCAGGCAGUAACAGAAACUGAUUAUGAUAGAAAGAGUGAACUAAAAGCCGUCGAUGACUCUCAAGCUGGAGUUAAGGGCCUCCUUGAUGCCGGGGUGACAAAGAUACCAAAAAUCUUUGUCAAUGGCCACAACCAGCUUCGCUCUGAUCAGGGACGGAUCGUGGGACAGGUUACACACUUGUGCAUGAACUGGGGAUUCUUUCAAGUGAUCUGUCAUGGAAUUCUGGUUAGUGUCAUGGAUGGGAUGAUUGAUGGGGUACGGAGGUUUCAUGAACAAGACAUUGAGGUGAGGAAACAAUACUAUUCCCACGAUCUCAAUGCCAGGAGGUUUUUGUAUUGCAGCAACUUUGAUCUGUUCGAAGCGCCAAUGGCUAAUUGGAGGGAUACCAUGUCUUGUUUUAUGGCUCCUCAUCCACCUGAUCCUGAGGAAUUGCCUGCUGUUUGCAACUAUGUGAUAGACAUAAUGUUUGAGUACACAAGGCAAGCAAUGAGAUUGGGAUGUGGUCUUUCUGAAUUAUUAUCUGAGGCUCUUGGGUUAAACCCGAACCAUUUAAAAGAGGUGGGUUGUGCUCUGUCAUCAAUAUUGUCCGACAAUUACUACCCUGCUUGCCCUGAAUCGGAUUUGACUUUGGGAGCUAGCAGCCACACUGAUUCUGCCUUCAUGACCAUCCUUCUACAAGACCAAAUAGGUGGCCUCCAAGUUCUUCACCAGAAUCAGUGGGUUGAUUUUAUCUAUAAGCCAGAAGUCGUUGAUAAUAGCUACUUGUAUCAUAUUGUGCUUAUGGAUAUACUACAUAUAGGUGGUGAUAAUCGGAUUGAUCCGUUAGCCGUAGCAAUUCACGACCCACACUAUGUCGGUGAAACUGAAAGGUAG